UAAAAGAUGAAAUGGUGACUUACAUGAAAUCUAUGUUUGAAGAGUAUGUAGCGAAAUUCUCUAAUGCAUCUCGACGCUCAUUUUCUCUUUUUGAUUUAUCGGGUCAGACAUCGGAUUUAUCUAUAUCUAACAAUAGCACAAAAUCAACAAAAGUGAGAAAUAGGAUCCAAAUGAAGAGGAACAAACAAGAUGGUGCAGGUUUGGGUGGUAAGUCGGAGUUGGAAAAGUAUCUUAGUGAAGAACUAGAGCCGAAUGAUGAUGACGACAAUUUUGAUAUCUUGUCGUGGUGGAAAGCUCAUUCUCCUAGAUAUAAAAUUCUUUCCGAGAUGGCUCGUGAUGUGUUGGCAAUUCCAAUUUCUAGUGUGGCAUCGGAAUGUGCCUUUAGCACCGGGGGCCGUAUUCUUGAUUCAUUUAGGAGUUCUUUGACUCCAAAAUUGGUGCAAGCUGUUAUUUGUCUUCAAGAUUGGCAUCGAAAUGAGCCUUAUCCCAUAAAUGUUGAAGAAGAUUUUAAUGAUCUUAUGAAACUUGAACUUGCUAUGGAUGAUAUUGACUUGCAUUGUUCAAGCUGAAAAACAGUAAAAGCAAAUUUUGGACUCUAUUUCCUCUGCUGCUACUGUUUCUGACUUCUGAUUUUGGAGCUGCUUCAGCUGGUUGUGUUGUUGUGUGUAGCUGUUGCUGCUGCAGGUAGUGUUGCAGCUUAUGUUGUUUGUUGUUGUUGUGUGUUGCAGCUGAAUCAUUUUGUUGUUGUUGUUGUAUGCUGUUGCAAGUGCUGUUGACUGUUAAAUAUGGCACAGUGAUUCAUUCCAUAACAAACACUCAAAGGCCAACACGGAGAAUGAUUUGAAUUUUGUCUUGGUUGAUCUUUUGCGUCGAAGUUUUAACUCGUGUAAUAUAUAUGUAUAUUAUAAUGGU